AAUAUUCGCAAGAUUUCGUAUUCAAUCUUCGUGUGCUUUUUGCAUGCGUCAGUAGAGAGACACAUAUUUUUUUGCCGUCAUUAUGAAAGUAGAGAUGCCACUUUCUAUCCAAUUAAAAAAAGUACCUUCUUAUUUGGCUUCUUUUAUUCAUGGUACAAGUCAGCGAUAAUUGCGUUCUGUGAUUUUUUAUUUUCAAGUAUUCACAUUAUCAGACAAGUCUUGUCUGAAGCUUUGUCACGACAUACGACUGUGCUAUUUCGAUGAUAUUCUUAAUUUUUUAAAAACCUCUUUAUUAAAGCGACAAAGUGUAUUAGUAUAUUUUAUGUAUCACAUUGUUCGGUGUGACUUUCGGUGUCAAAAAUGCUGGCGACGCGCCGUGGCAAACAUUUUUGGACAUGUGCAUUAAAUGAAUAUCAAACAUGUUCAUGUUUGCGUUAUUCGAGCAGAGUUCAGAACAUUUGCAGACUAUGUUUGACAGUGAGGAAGAGUUUGAUUCAAUUAUUGCCAAGGGACCAAAUGAGGUCGUUGGAAAGUUCAUGAAAGAAUUGCCCACAGAUCUCAGAGAUGGAGCCGCUCCCUUGUCAAAUUUCACCAAGGUUGGAUUUCUUGCGCGAGGCAGUUUCGGCCGAGUUUAUCAUGUCACUGCGCCGGAUGAAACUCCAAUGGCACUAAAGAAGCUGUCAUUACAGCAGUCGAACAAUCACUGUCAUGAAAUAGUUUUGAAGGAUAGCCUUCGUGAGGUGAAAAUGCUGGCUUCCUUAAAGCACCACAACAUAGCUAAACUCCACCAAAUUGUUGUUGGUAUUUCGGACGUUUUCUUGGCCAUCGAAUUCUGUCCGGUUCAGCUUGCAAAUGUUGUAAAGUAUAAAGCUCCUGAGCGAAUUGUUAAGUCGCUUACAUGGCAACUAAUGACAGGGUUGAGUUAUAUUCAUUCAAGAGGCCUCAUUCACAGAGAUAUUAAAACCGAUAAUCUAAUGCUGAAAGCAGGUGUACUCAAAAUCGCAGAUUUUGGGUCGACGGCGGGUGUAAAACAGGCUAAAUGGACACCGCAGGUUGUUACUCUGUGGUAUCGCCCACCUGAAAUUCUCCUCGGAUGCGCGCGACAAACGUGUGCAGUGGAUGUUUGGUCAGCCGGGUGCGUUAUAUCCGAGUUACUUAAGGGUAAGCCUCUAUUUCCCGGCCAAUCGGAAAUAAACCAGAUCAACCAUAUCGUCGACCUGCUUGGAACCCCAACAGAGAACGACUGGCCAGACCUCAAUAGCUUGUCCGUGAUGACCUGUAUGGCGUUAAAUGAACGAGAGAGGCAAUUUGAGGAUGAAUUCGCCCGGAUUACCUCAGAUGCGGGCGUAAAGCUUCUCUCUGGAAUGUUAGUAUAUGACCCUGCAAAAAGGCUGUCCUCUUCGGAUUCUCUCCAUCAGACGUAUUUCACUGAGCAACCAAGCAUGGCUACAGAAAAUGAAGUCGCCCAAUAUUGUGAACAGCUGAAACGUGUUCAAAAGCAACGUGUACUAUAUGACGAUAGCGACGAUAAUAGUGAGAAUAGUAAUCAAGAUGAUAAUGGGCGUCGACUUGGAUGUGGUAGAGUCAAAAAAAAAUUAAAACUAUGACAAAAACAACAAACCCGAACGAUACAGAGAUUGAGCUGUGAAAACUCGACUUCAUCUGCAAUUAUCAUAAAAUCUUAGCCAGAUAAUAAGGCACUGGGACGGCAGGCAGGAGUAGAUGCAGUCAAAGCUGUGGUACACAUACUUCGGCGUUUUGACGGUGUCACAAGCGUUAAUCAUAAAUGAACUAUACUCUGACGCUGCAUAUCCAAGUCGUAUUGUGACAAUCAUCUUUAGUAGCGUGAAAGUUACCACAUGUUAAUGUAUGAUAAUCGAGAUGAUAAAACAACGAAUGAACAUUAACAGUCCCUUUUUACGAGUGCAGGAAUCAACGCAUAAAUGUACAUUUUUGUAAUUAUAUAAGUUUGCUGAAAUGUUUGUACACACUGCUGUAAAUAAAACUAAUGGUUUAAGGCUCA